AUGGAAAGCAUGACACGCUUCAAACUACCGGACGGCGAGACGGAAGUGUGGAUCGCUUGCACAAAUGAUGGCCCCGGCAAGGACUAUGUCGUCGGAUCUGGUAGCGCAGCGCUGGCUCGGUGGACGAAUCUUGGAACGCAGGCCAGGCUCUCCCUACCCAUGGUCAACGACGACAUUGCGCAGUUCGGCGACGUCAUCCGACUCCAGCUUCUGGGCUUGGAUGUGGUUAGCUCUAGCUCGCCUUUUGGUUCUGACAAGCAGCAUCAUGACCUCGCGCUGGCAUGGGCCUCGGUGUAUGCCUUGUGGCUGCAUCCUGACCACCGAGAAGAGGACGUGAUUGCUGUCUCGGUGGACAGCGAACGGGUGGGCGAGUACUUGCGAUGCACCGGCCUGGGAGUGUUAUCGCCAUUCUCGACUAGCGCAAAGACAUCAGAAGCGGAAGAUAGCAUUUACUGGGUCUCCCGUGAAGCGUUCUGGCAGGGCGCCGGGGCCCCAGACUCACAGCAUUGGCUCCGUGCCCGGCCUGAAGUGACCAGCUUCCCGGGCUUUAACGGGACGCUGGGUGUUUUCCCUAGCCAGCUGGGGUUUACGCGCAAGGGCAACGUCUGCACUGUCCACCCAGUGCGGCCGCCCAAGCCCAAGCCCGGCACGGCCAUCUACUCUCGAUUUAUCGUCGAGCUCGGGCAGCAGCUCCGGAUCCUACACAUGGACGCCGAGAAUCCGGCACACUUCGAGGCGUACAAACGGUGGCAGAAUUCGGACCGCGUCAACGCCGCGUGGAAGGAGCGCGGGCCGGACGAGCACCACCGAGAGUACCUGGCGGGGCAGCUGGCAGACCCGCACAGCAUGUCGUGUUUGUUUGAGUGGGACGGCGAGCUGGCCGGGUACACGGAGCUGGGGUGGGUCAAAGAAGAUAACGCGGCGUGCUUCUUCGGCUCCAACUGCGGCAUUGUGGUGGGCGAGCACGACCAAAACUCACACAUCCUGGUGGGCGAGGAGCAUUUCCGGGGCGGCAAGAGGUACCAAGCCGUGGCAACGUCCAUCAAGCACUGCUGCUUUCUCCGAGAGCCUCGAACCAAGCAAGUGAUUGCAGAGCCGCAGUUCGACCUGGCUCACGUUCAUAUUCAGAACAAGUACCUUCCGCAGGAGAAGAAGAAGCGCUUCCACUUGCCGCACAAGACGGCGACUCUCUUCGCCCUUCAACGGGAUCGCUUCUUUCAGGAGGCACAUUUCGUAUAG